AGGGAGCCACAGACACUUAGAUACAGUUUCUAAAUAAUCCUUAGCUUCCACAUCCCGCCUGAAAAGAAAUGACGAGCACCGAAGGGUGGGGGUGGGGGGCACGAAGGACAAAGCUUGAGGUGAAGGGAGACAUGGAGGGGGGUGGGGGUGCCUGGCUGACGGGGAAGCAGAGCCGGCUGGCGCGGGGUUGGCGGCUGGUGCCCAGAAAGGGGCGCGAGUGUCAGUCAGUCCUUCCUCCCUACCCUCUCCCUUACCCCUACCCUGUCUGGCGUCCGUCUGCAGGUCUGCAGGUCACGGCGGAGAGAACGCCUGGGAGCAAACGGCCGGGAGAGGCCGUUCCCAACAUGGACAGAUCCUGCCAAGCAAAUGAGCAGCCACAGGGUUUGCCCGAGAUGGACAAGGAGCAGCCUCGGGCGGAGCCCUCGCCCGAAGAGCCUCGUGGGGAGGAGCCUUGUCGGGAGGAGCCUCGUCCGGAGGAGCCUUGUCCGGAGGAGCUUUCUACCGAGGAGCUGUCUUCCGAAGAGCAAUCCUCCGAGGACGAGUUCUUUCCCGAGGAGCUCCUUCCCGAGCUCCUUCCCGAGCUGCUGGUGGCCGAGGGGCGCCCCCUAGAGGAGCGCCUUUCCGGGCCGGACCUGUUCGAGGCGCGCCCUCCCAUGGAGCAGCCUCCUUGCGGAGUGGGAAAACAUAAGCUGGAAGAAGGAAGCUUUAAGGAAAGGCUGGCUCGCUCUCGCCCGCAGUUUAAAGGGGACAUACACGGCAGAAAUUUGAGCAACGAGGAGAUGAUAAAGGUAGCAGAGGAGAUGGAAGAGAUGAAAAGAGUACGAAACAAAUUGAUGAUCAUGCACUGGAAGGCGAGACGGAACCGUCCUUAUCCUAGUUAAUGUGUCCGGCCUUUAAUGCUGGUUUGCCUAAUUUCAGUAUUGCCACUCGAAUCCCUCUCGCCAUCUUCUUAAUUUUAACUUUUUUUUGCAUGGCUUUAUUUAAGGUGUUUCGCUUGUAACUGGUGUAAAAUUGGGCUUCCUUCCCCUCCCAUCUGCAAGUCUCCCUAUCAAUCAUGUCUCAUCCAUUUGCAUGGAAAGAUGGACAUUAUAUAUUGUGAAGUGAAAAAAGCAAUUUUCAAAAAGUAUAUGUAGUAUCCCAUUUUUGUAAAAAAAAUGUAUAUUUAUAUAUUAAUAUGCAAAGUAAAACAAAGUAUAUACUUCAAAGGCUUAACAGUGGCUGUUUUGUGGUAAGAUAAUAGGUGUUUGUUUUUCAUUUUUGCUUUGUUGGAACUUCUCAUUUUUUCAGGACGAACACAUUGUACUUGUGUUGCAAAAAAUUCCACACCCCCAAAUAAUGGGGGAAAUGUCAAGCAAUUUAUACACUAUCACCUUAUAAAGACAAUGUAGCACUUAAUAAAUACUUGUCAGAACUUUGAAAAA